AUGUUCAAAAAUUUCCGCGACCUGUGCAACUCGUUUCCGGCGCACUUCGCUAUCGCUCCCGAUAGGAAAAAAAACACGGGAAAGCCCCAGUCAGCGGACUCUGGUCCCACAGCAACCGAAGCAUCGCCGCCUACUACAACCGAAUCAUCGCCGCCUACAGCAACCAAAGCAUCACCGCGGCGACGUUCCAACAAACAAGAAAAGCUCAGUUUGGAACGUCGC